CAUCAUCCAAGAAAAGAUCUUUUGGUCAAUCUGAAGCUGGACAAGGUAGUAAAAAACAACCCAGAAAGGCUCGAAUUCCCAAGGUUCCCCGCCCUGAGGUUCCUCUGGAUGAUCCUCACAAUACCAUUCGGUGUCAGCCUUUGGAUGGUAGACCCAUGAUUUCAGUGGAACUGGUACAGUGCUAUACUCAACAGCAUGGUGAGUCUCUCUUCAUGGAAUUGAAUGAGAAGGGCCGCUAUAUUGAUGUGCGAUUCGUGGACAAUGACGACGCACAAUCAGUUCUAGCAGAACACUCAAGUUAUCCGUUCACGGUGGAUUGGACAAGAACCAUCGACGCAUCUCAAAUAAUUACCCCUGGAACAGUGGAAAUGUACCAACCUCCCCGUGAUCGUGGUCACUAUGAUGAAGAGCCUAGUGUCCCAUUGCCUUGCACCAAUCCAUUUCCCAUCAGAUUUGCACCUACGCAAGAAUCUAAUGGUCGGGUGCGACCCAUCUACCCUCCAACCGUCCAGCCAAAAGCUCCAUCGCCGAAGGCACCUUUUGAAAAGCCUACUUGGCCGGCUCCACCAGACCGUGACUUUUUCAUGACCAAUUAUGUGUAGUACUUUGCAUGUAGUACUAUGCAGUAUGGAUUAAUUUACUAUUUGCUAUGAGCUUGCCUUCUUAAUGACCAACUAUCCAUUAUUAUUAUGGUCGUACCAUAGUAUGCAAACUAUGUUAAUUUUGUGGCAGUGUUGAACUUAUGACAGAUUUGUGGGAUAAGCCUCCUUUAUUUAUAUAUG